GAAAAGAGACGAGUUUUGCUUAAUAAUAAUUCCAGUUCGUUCGACGAUAUCGAUUUAUCGUUAGCGUUUAGUUUUCAGUUAGUGCUUCAAACUGAGUUUCAGUUUUCGGUUGGUGCUUCAAACCGAGAUACAGUUCCUAGUUGGCGCUUUAAACUCGGCUUGACGUUUCCGCUACGUCAGGUGGUAUUAGAGCACAGUGUGUUUUUCUCCUAAUCAAUGGCAGACAAGGCGAUUGAGACAGCGGAGCCUGUAGUUGAACAUCUAAACUUCCCGGCAGUUUGGAAGCCAUUCGCAACCAACAGGCUGCCACAAGAGAACUAGGUCAGCAGAUGACCCAAAUUUUUUGAUCGGUGGAAGAUAUUCAAACCCUCCUUAAUGGGUUAAGGGAUCGUGGGAAUAGGGAACGAGGUGGACCUCCGCCUGAAAAUCCACGACGCCAACGUCAAGCACACGUAAACAUGUAUGAGGACGUCGAGCCCGAUGAGGAGGAAGUAUGGGAGCAGGUCUAUCCUAAUCGGCGAAAUCAGGGACGUCAAGUAGUAAAUCAACCACAAGCUGAACAUCAUGAUCCAUAUAUGCAGGAAUGGCGAAGGGCACACGAGCAACGCGACCACAUGCGGGGACGUGGAAGAGUUCGGGGAGUGGGACAACGAUUCAUAGAGAACCUAGGGGGUAGAGGAAACCAAUUGGGUCCUUAUCACGACCCAUGGGAUCCGAAUCCCCCUCCUGAAUGGGGAGAUUAUGUUGAAGAACCCCGACAGUAUGGUGCGCUCAGAGGAUUCCAUGUGGGUAAUGGCGUACAUGGGGUUGGCGAUGAAUUCAAACUGCCAGCCGAUUUGCCUAGUUUCGCCGACACUGCAGGAAUCAAGGACUUUCUAGAUUGGAUAGCCAAGGUGGAGUGAUUCUUCAACUAUGCCGAAAUUCCAGAGACUCGCAAAGUUAAGAUGGUAGCUUAUCGACGGGAGGGCAGCGCCUCAGUUUGGUGGGAUUGCGUCGAGUUUGAUCGAGAAGAAUUCGGAGAAGCUCCAAUACGGUCCUGGUUACGGAUGAAGAAACUAAUGGAAGAGUGUUUCCUCCCACCGGAUUAUGACCAUUCUCUUUCAAAAACAUAACUCUUGUGUUCAAGGAAAUCGUCCAGUAUAGGAAUUCACUUCUGAAUGGCUAAGCUUAUCAGAGCGUAAUCGCUUAGGUGAAACUGAGGGGCAGAUGGAGGCACGUUACCUUAGCGGAUUAAAAUCAAGUCUUCGCCAACGCAUUGGAGUACAAGCUAUGCCAUCCAUGGCUGACGCCCAGACCUACGCCCUACGUGCAUAACUAAUUGAGGUCGAAGAGAAGAAGGAAAAUAAUCGAUGUAACUUUCGAGAGGCCGAGGGAAUUAAUGCUAAAUUCCCAA